CUAUCUCUGAUUGUGGUACCUUCAAUAACUACAAUGAAUUACAAUGUAUAGUCAAUUUACAGUGUUAUGAAUACUGCUAUGACACUUUCCUCUUCAAGCCGCGCAAAUGGCCGCCAAUUUCGGAGAGAAAUUGCUUGGGGAGGUGACUGAAGUGAGACUGGAUGAGAUUCUACAUGAUCUAAGAAACAUAUGCGCAGAUGAAUCCAGCAAUCGUCUAGGCGUUAAGGCUUUGGAUGACCUCCUGGAAGUCUUCAUGCCCGUCCCUAUUCCUUCCCAGCAGCAACACCCAGAGGAGAAUUCGAAUCUACGGCCAGACGAAAGGCAAGCACAUCAUAGAGCCAGAGCUCGUCCAGACCCGGUGGUCGAGAUUUCAAGUACUUCGUCGGCGGCUGGAAAAUCCCAGCUGCUGUACUAUCUCACGGCUAUUGCUGUUCUGCCAGCGACGAUUGACGACGUCCAGAUCGAUGGACGGAAUGCUGCUGUUGUCUUUGUUGAUGCAGAUGGGCGAUUUGAUGCGGAUCGUCUGCUUAGUGUUGCUAGGGACAUCAUCCAACAGAAACUAAAGCAGCAGUUGGUAGAGCAGCCUGACAUCGAAACCAUACUCUACAACUCCCUUCAACAUGUCCACGUCUUCCGUCCUACCUCCUCAGCAUCUUUUCUCGCAACCCUCCAAUCCCUACAAUCCUACCUCUUCGACCUAACCCGCCACCUCUCGACAAACCGCCCCCUUCAUGGGAUUUUAGUCGACAGCGCAACGGCCUUCCUCUGGCAAGAUAAACUCCGCGACCAAGUCGCCCGGGUCGAAGAGAUCGGUCGUCCGCAUGCUGAAAUCGAAUAUGCCCGCAGAUCGAAAUCAAGUUUUUACAUCGCUGAUAUGUAUGCCGAGCUUGUGAGGGCGUUGAAGAGGGUACAGAGUGUGUUUGGAUGUGCGGUUGUGUAUACGACUACGGCUUGGGUUGGGAGGGCUGCAUCCGUGUCUGGUGACGAGCUGGUGGCGUUUCGGUGCUCGUUGCCGCCGCCUUGGGGACUGUUUCCGACACUACGGGUUGUUCUGAGAACGAACGGACAAGGGCGGUUUUUGGGGUGUGUAAAUGGAUUGGGGAGGGAGGAGUGGUCGAGGAGAGUGGUCGAGGAGUUGGAGAGACGGGGUAGAGGAUUUGUGUUUGAUGCGGAUAGAGAGGGUGUGCAUAUCUGAUGAGUAUCUAACUGUACAACUUUCCAAUGGCCUCGACGGUUGUAUUCCCACCACUGAAUACGACUCCAACAUCCCAGCCCUCCUCUCCAGCUUCCGUCACAACCCGUCGUCGAAAGUCCUCGUUAUACAAACACACAGCAAGUCCCACAACCGCACUUGGCUCAACAACAAC